AUGCUGAAUAGGAGCACGUUAUGGUCAUCUACGAUCGCAUUGACAUAUAUAGCUAUUGCAGCUAUAGCUUCUCAAUUAGUCAAUGAUAUUGUACCUCAGCCUUAUCUAGACGAAAUCUUUCAUAUUCCACAAGCACAACAAUAUUGUAAAGGUGAAUUUGCAAAGUAUGAUCCUAAAUUGACAACACCUCCGGGUUUAUACAUCGUCUCCCUCAUUCAAGGUCAAAUUGGCAGCUUGCUUGCUCUCGGGACUGGAACAUUGAAUUCAAAGACAUGUCAAAGCGUCUCGCAACUUCGUCAAACUUCAUUGUUUGCCUUGUUUUUAUUACCCUACAUCUUGGCAUCGUACUGUCUUGCAACUCCUGCCAAUGUGACAAUAACCCAAGACAGGAAUGUGAAAGUUGGAUGGCAAAGGACAAGUGUACCAAUCAGUCCAAUGGAAGCAAUCACACCCAAUGUUCAUACGAUAUCUUUCUUGCCUCCUAUGUGGUUCUUUGGAUUGCUAUAUUAUACAGACGUUCCAAGUACUUUAUUCGUUAUGGCUAUGUUGGCUGCCAGUAAGCGUAAUGAGAAUCUUUUGGCUGCUCUUUUGGGAGCGAUAUCUCUCACUCUACGACAGACGAACAUCGUUUGGAUAUUGUUUGCUAUGGGAACGUCGGCAUUGAGUAAUCUUUCGACCAUUGGACUGGAUACUCGACCUCUUUCUCAAACAAGUGUCAUUGAGCAACUCAGAAGCAUCACAUCUUUACCUGCUCUCACCGCAAUUCGCAUUCUAUCUCAAACUGCGAUGCCGUAUAUACCCGUCUUUGGAGCAAGUGCAGCUUUUAUCCUGUACAACGGAUCUAUUGUCUUGGGAGACAAGGAGCACCAUCAAGUCUCCACGCAUUGGGUACAACCAUUCUAUUUCGCUGCUUUUGCGAGCUUUUUUGCUUGGCCUACAUUACUCAUUUCUCUCAAUAGAGCGAGGAGGGGAUUUCAUCUGAGUACACUUCGCAUAUUAGGCGAGAUUGUCAGCCUUGCGUUGAUCUUUUCGAUCGCUUUGGCAGCAGUACAAUACGGCACUGUGGAGCAUCCUUUCAUUUUGGCGGACAAUCGUCAUUAUGCUUUCUACUUUUGGCGAAAGAUCAUCAAGAGGACUGAUUGGGCAAGAUAUGCAUUAGCAAUACCAUAUACCAUCUCAAUCAGAGCAUGGUGGAUAGCACUUUCUCAGCAUUUCUCUUUCUUCUGGCUGGUCGGAUUUUGCAUGUGUUUAUCGGCUGCUGUUAUCCCUUCCCCUUUGAUUGAGCCGCGGUACUUCAUGAUUCCAUUCAUUAUCGCUCGACUUGGAUUGAUGCAAAGCACAAAACCUUCUGAGCCGACUGUGGGAGGAAGUCGGCAAUCUCUCGUAAAGCUCAACGACAUCAGCAAACCAUUCUUCAACGCAUGUCUCGUAGAAAUGAUCUGGUUUGCUUUAAUCAAUGGAUCUACACUAUACCUAUUCCUAUACAAGCCAUUCCGCUGGCCAGAUUCUAUAGAUUGGCAAAGAUUCAUGUGGUGACAAAUGUGCACUAGAAUUGAUUG